UUCUCUCCGAGCAGCAUAAAGAUGGCAGUCCCUUCUGGAAAAACACCAAUCAGUUUCCUACAAGAGCUUUGUACAAAGAGAGGGAUGACCCCUCAAUAUGACUUACUGGCGAAUGAAGGUGCUGUUCAUGAACCAGUGUUUAUUAUGCGGGUAACUGUUGGUGACAUUAUUGCCACUGGAAAAGGCACAAGUAAGAAGAAGGCAAAGCAUGCUGCAGCACAGAGUGCACUCAACCAAAUCCUGUGCAUGCCUAACGGAGUGGAAAUAAAAGAAGGAUCGGUGCCUGAGGCUACCCAACAGAGCCAGUCAGACAGCGAAGAGCUGGGAGCUGGUAAUCCUGUCGGGGAGCUUCAGGAGUUCACACAGAAAAGACUCAUUAAACCCCCCGUGUAUGAGUUCACUACCGAACAGGGCCCUCCUCAUGCACGCGAGUUUGUCUGUGUGGUCAAGCUCGGCAAAUUCACUGAGAAAUCUACAGGGCGGUCCAAAAAAUCAGCUAAGCGUGCAGCAGCGGCCACCAUGCUGAUGCACAUCAAGAACUUGAUGCAGGAUGGAGAAAAGACCACGAACAUUGAAGAAUCUGAUGACGAUGAUGAGAUGCCACUGUCAUCAUCAGAGUUAAGAGCAUCCUACACCGCCCUGAAGGAAGGCAAGAAAAAGAUCCCAGUACCAAACCCCCAGCAGAGCAAGGAGAUCCAAAAGUUUUACGAGAAAAUCCUAAAAGCAGAUAACAAAACCAUGCAAAAACUGAAGAAACAGCCACUGAACGCUCCAUCAACCAACUACUGCCAGAUGCUACAGGAGAUUGCUGAGGUCCAGCGCUUUGAAGUCAGUUACAUGGACAUCGCUGAAUUGAGUGCUUCAGCCCAGCACCAGUGCUUGGUCCAUCUGACUACCCUACCAGUCGCAGUUUGUUAUGGAACAGGAAAUACGGUAGAUGAGGCCCACGCCCAGGCGGCCCACAAUGCACUCCAAUAUCUGAAGAUUAUGACGAAGUCUUAACAAAGUUCCCCAGGACGUCCCAUAGCCUCACUUUGAACAAAUGGUUGCUAUGGCAACAAACUGCCAUAAUUAGGACUUGUAUUCAGUUGUAUGUAAUGUUUAUUUAUCUUUGUUAUUUUGAUGGAAAGUAAUUCUAGCCAGUGGUGAUCAAUGCAUUUAUGUUCACGUUACAGAACUAUUGGAGAUAAAGUGUUCAGUUUUUGAUAGUUACAUAUUAUAUCAAGUAGCAUCUAUUUUUAGCCAUGUUGUUCAGGAAAUAACUUUUAAAUUCGUAAAAUAUUGUUGAUGUUAGAAUCUCCAUUGACUCCAUGGAAAAAGUUCUCUAUUUUUUGGGGUGUUCAUAUGAUUUAAAAAUAUGUAUUAUUUUUGUCUUAAACAGAGGUAAUUUUUUUAUUUUUAAAGUUUUGGAAGUAAUUUGCAGACUCUUGAAGCCCUUUCUGAUUUACAUAUCAAAAGAGAACAUGUCAUACCAGACAUUUUUUCACUUGAUAUUUUCUAAAGUGUUUAUUGGAGUUCCAAAAUGACAUCUUAACAUUUAAAUUGAAUGCUGCAUUUAUAUAUAUCUUGUAAAUGUGUAUAAUAUACAAUGCAAUAUUUCAUAGAAAUCGUUUAGGUAUCAAAUUGUAGUGUUAAUGAUAUGUCGAAAGAGCCGGCCUCUUAAAACUUCAGAACAAGAACCUUGAUGGCAUCACUGAAAGAUGUAUAACAUUUUAAUACAUUAUAUCAUAUUUCUCUAAUCCUUUCAUUAUCAUGUCAAAUUGACUUUUUUUGAUAUUGUUAAAUGAUUUCAAAGUUUCAUUGAUAUAUUAUGUACACAUAUUUAACUGUUACAACUAAAAAUCAGUUCUCCAAACAUACAGGGUGUGAUAGGAAAAAGUUAUUUAACUAUACGGUAUCAAUAUUCAGAUGAGAAAGAAACUAUUUUUCUGUGCGAUUAGAGUAAUUGCCUUUAAUUUGAUUACCAAGGGAGGCUAGUCAGUUAGGACUGACGUACAAUAAUUGUAGCUAUUUUUAGCCCCUCUACUCUCUAUUUCAAACAUACAGUGUACUAGUUUAAAAAUUAUAUUGAUCAUAUCAAAUGUCUAUUUAAUAAAUUUGAAAAAAAUAUUUUUUUGAAUUAUGAGCUUUUUAACUUAAUUUAUUAAUUGGAGAAAUGGAAUUUAUAAGCAAAAGGAUGAAUAUUUUGUUAUAACUUAUAUACAGAAAUGUUUUAGAAGGUAAAUAUGAAAUUUUAUGAAAAGUUUUGAUUCUUAACAGAAUUUAACUGUGACAUCAGCGUUCACCUUUUUGUAAUAAUUUAAGGAAAAUAUAUGAUAUUAUUACCUCGUCAAUAGUAUAUGUCAUUCUUUUAACUCAUUGUUCCUCAUCUGAUCAAUAUCUUUGUUGAUUUUUGAUCAGGUGAAACAGAAACACUUGUGCGGGUCAGUAUGUGUAUAUGUUUGUGUUGUUUUUUGAUGAUAUUUGAUAUCGGCAGUCAGAGUCGCUGCUAAUUUGACAACAGUGAGGUUAUGUAAUAUCCUGGGAAGGAUAGCAUUUUAUUUUAUUUUUUUUUUUUUUUUAUACAACUGUAUUUUUUACCUUUACUUCCCUAUUUCUAGUUAGGUAUACAUGUUUUACCAGCGUUGAUGUGUACAAUGGACAACAGAUAAAUAUCUGUCACUGUGUUUAUCAUAGUAAUGUUUACAUUGUAUACAGUGUAGAUGUAUGUAUGAUUCAUGCAAUAAAAAUGUACAAACAUU